AUACGUCAAUAAUAUAAUAACUAUCUCGCCACUACUUCGCGGUGGGUCUCGGAACAGAACUACCGCGAUAGGAGAGGGACCACUGUAUUCAUGUGUCACCCAUGUUUGUUUGUUUUUUCACAUAAUGUUUGUUAUCAGCAUCCUGCCGACAGAUUUAGACUCUGAUUAGAAUUAGCCUCGAAGAAGAUUAUAAACUGAAGGACCACAUGCAGUUCGAUAAAGAUUGAAAACCUCUUUGAGAAAGUACAUUUCUUUAAGACACAUUUCACCCUGAGCUCAGAUUUACCCUUCACCUGAGGAGUCGUUCUUCUCCCAAACAAUGUUUCCUCUUUUUUUUUGUGCCUUUUUUUUGGAGUCUUUUUUUUUUUGGUAUCUCUAUUUGUUCAGUUCAGUGUUGCACAGUGAUCAAGCAGUACAGUGUUGUGUUGUGUCUAACACACACACACACACAUGCUCGAAUAGACCAGAAGAGAGAACAUUCCACAACAGCGAAGAGCUGGGCGGCAUGGACAUCCUGAGGAAACAACACUCACUUCCUGUCAAAUUAAGCCAAGUCCAUGACUGCUCAUAGUGAUAACCACCAACACUGACUGUUUGGUGAGUGGCCGAGGUAGAGCGCCACCUUAGAAUCUGUCACGCCCACUCGCCACUGAACUCCAGAUAUUCAAACCCCACAAACUCAGUCGCAUAAUCCAGGCUUGUCACCAGUCACUUGGUGCCUUCGACCCUCUGGCAGCUCCACCUCGGUGAAAAUCAGACAGAAUGGUUCUCCUACCGCUGCUCACUUCCAUGCUCCUGUCCAGCUACUUCCAUCCUGGGUCAGUGGUGGAUGCACAGAGAUCGUUCACGAUAAGGAACAUCACCCUGUCUGUGGAGCCCAGCGCUGAAGUUCCCCGCGGUACCAAUGUGACCAUCAGAUGUACGGCCGUGGUUAGCAGCUCGGGACAGGAGCCCCUCAACCGAAAGUAUAGCAUAUACCAGGGCAGCAACAACAUCUACACCAAGAACACCAUCACCUCGGAGGAUCUGCUGUACCUGCUGCCUGACGCCAGAGUCUCCAACACUGGGAAAUACAAGUGCGCAAUCAACAUCGAGGGCAAGAACAUGCAGAGUGAUGCUACCAAGCUAACGGUAACAGGUCUAUCAAAACCAACUCUUCACCUCAACAAGGGUGUUGUCAGUGAAGGUGAAGACGUCACAGCUCGCUGCACGGCACCAGGUGAGACGGGCUUCAUUUUUUUCAUCUUGGAUGUAGACUCCAAAAUCAUCGAGGAGAAACUGGUCAACUCCACCGAGGUAGAAUUCAAGCUUCGCUUCAGUAGCGUCGGCUACCACAAAGUGCACUGCACCUAUUCCGUCCUGAUGAUGCCCGACUCCUUCAAGUCCGAGGAGAGCAACACGAUCACUGUUUCGGUCAAAGAGAUGUCCAUCACACCAGUUCUGGAGAUCUACCCUCAGUCCAGGAUCUACGAGGGAGACGUUCUCAGCAUCACAUGCACCAUCAGAAACAUGGCGUUCAAUCCUAGUACUGCUCCGAUCUAUCUAUACCUGAGCCAAGGGACCAGGCUGCUCAGCAGUGGAGAUACCAAAGUCAACUACAGCACGGUGGCACUGGCGGAGGAUCCUAUGGAUUUUGAGUGUAGACUAGAGAUAGGGACUGUAGCAAAAGUCACGACGAAGAUGGUCCCAGUGACCGAGUUGUUUUCAACACCCACCAUCACCAUGUCUCCCACUGUCGUCUUCCAAAGGGAAGACAUGUCACUGACCUGCAAUAGUGAGAAGGUAGCGUCUGAGCGGAUCAACAGGGAGAAUGUGACCUACAGUCUGGAGCCGCCCAACUUUCUGUUGACCUCCACCAAGCCUGGAGUAUUUUCUGGUAAAACCAUGAUGUAUGAGUUCAACUACACCUGUGUGGCUCAGGCCAAAGGCAUCACCAAGUACAGUGCUACACUGAGCGUAAAACCGAAAGUUUUAGUCUCCAUUCCCAAGAUCUCAGUUGUUCAAGGCAGGGCAGUCCUGGGAGAACCGUUUGAGAUCCUCUGUCAUUCCGACAUUGGCAGUUAUCCGAUAAACUACACCUUGCUGUGGGAUUACGAGCCCUUGAACACCACCACCGUCUGGCUGCCCAAAGAGCAGGCUCGCUUCAAAGUCACCAUUCGGCGACCUGAAGAAAUAAACAAGUUCAUGUGUGAGGCCAAGAAUAAUCUCAAAAUAACACAAGACCCGCUCAGCAAGAGGCUCAACGCUACCGUCAUAGUGCCUCUGACGGAGCCCACCUUGACCAUCCUCCCGGAGCUUGCAGAGGUCUCAGAGGGCGAUCAGCUCUACCUCAUAUGUGGCACUAAAGGCUCACCGCCCGUCACUUUCAAGUUCUACCGCGUUGGAGACGAACAGCCGAAGUUCACCACCACCUCCAACAUAAACCACACACACUACCGUGUGAACGAGCUGACCAAAGGACACGGCGGCACGUACUACUGCGAGGCCAUCAACCAGGCCAACAAUGUGUUCAGUGAGAGGGUCACAGUAGAGGUUCAGAUGGCGUUGUGGAAGAAAGCGCUGAUCGGUGGGAUUUGUCUGGUGGUGCUGUCCCUGCUGGUGCUGGGCUGUGUGCUGUACUUCAAGUCCAAGAGAGACGCAGUGCUACUCUAUAAUGGCAUGGAGGGGAGAGCGACCAAUGGGACGCGAGGUAGCGUGGCCUCAUUUCCUGCUGCCAUCAGCAACAGGAGCAGCUACAGUGUCUCACCACAGUAUAAAGACGCUCCGCAGUGGGAAUUCAAUUUUUGACCAGUGUAGAGGACGAAACUAAAAACGAAUCAAGUUGACAAACACUUUUCCUCUUCAUUUUUCUUUUUUCUUUUUUUUUUUUGGACUCUCCGCAACGCCGACAAGUUUCCUCAAGGAAACGGAGGGACGUGUUGAUGUCCGGAUACAAACCUGGACCCGCUGCUCCCUCUCCCCUCCUCCACUGUAGAACCUAAACACCUGCUGUCGUUGACUCUGUUCCUUCAUUUUUUAUUCCCACCCCCUCUUCGUCUGUCCGGUGUUCUCUGAAUGUGUAGAUUGAGACAUAUUUGUAUAUACAGUCUGUUGGUGUGAUAGGAAAUGUUUGUAUAUAUUUUUGGUUGAUCCACUGACUCCUUGGAAAGGACACUUGAAGAAUAAAAUGAUGGUUUUAUUUAGUAGUCUGUCAGCCCUGUUUGUUCUGCUCUGGCCGAUGCCGAGGUGUCGAACUAAAAAUAAAAACCAACAUAUACACAGAUUUAGGUGUUUGUAAAU